CAAUAUUCGCGACUUGAGUGCGGGAAAACAUUUUUCCUCCAAAGACUACAAAAUACGCCAUUCAUUUUCCCCGUAGGCUUUGUUCAAACAACCAUGGCGGAGGAGUCAUUUUUCCAAAACAUAGACACCCUACAGAAGCAUGGACUUAACAUGGCAGAUUUAAAGAAGCUGAAGUCUGUGGGUAUUUGCAUAGUGAAGGGGAUCCAGAUGACCAUACGCAGAGCCCUGUGUAACAUCAAGGGCCUUUCAGAGGCCAAGGUGGACAAGAUCAAAGAAGCUGCUGGGAAAAUGCUGUCACAGCCCAGCUUCCUGGAGAGGAUGGCUACACAGGAGGAAAAGUAAUCUUCAUCGACACAGAGAACACUUUUCGUCCAGACAGGCUGAAGGACAUAGCAGACAGGUUCAACGUGGACCAUGAUGCUGUGUUGGACAAUGUGUUAUACGCCCGAGCCUACACCAAUAAGACAUCUAACUUACUCAUUAAACAGUACCUCUCUUAUCAUUACUGUCACGUUCUGUCCAUAGUUCUUUCUUUUGUAUUUUCUUUGUUUUAGUGUGGUCAGGGCGUGAGUUGGGUGGGCAGUCUAUGUUUUCUGUUUCUAUGUGGGGUUUCUUGUUUGGCCUGAUAUGGUUCUCAA